AUGCUUGUACAGGGUCCCAAUCAGACCAGCCCCAGUAAGUAUGACAGUAUCAUGAUCAUACACAAAGAUAUCAUCCUUCUCAAGGCCAACAGGGGAACGCCCUACUGGCCAACAUGUCCGACCGGUUGCUCCUGCUCCACCACCACCAUCAACUGCAACCGCAUCAACUCCCUGCCCAGUUUUUCCUCCCCCAGCGUCACCCGAAUCCAGAUCGACAACAUCAAUAGCAGCAUCCACUUCAACGCCUUCAAAGCAGUACCCAAGCUGGAAUCCAUCUUCAUCCGGAAUGGCAAUAUCAGCUUCAUCGCGACAUGUGCCUUCGGAGAGAUUCCUGCCAAGUCAAUUGGCAUCGUCAAUGUCCGUAUUGGCGUCAUAGGUCUGGGAGCCUUCAAAGACCUUCACAAUGUCGGCCGGUCAAUUUCCAUUCACAAUUGCCAGAUCGGGCAAAUCUCCUCCAACGCUUUCUACCGACUGUCGAAUAUAACCCUACUAAGCCUUAACACAAACAACAUUUCAACUAUCCAAACAUACGCCUUUAACAAGAUCACCAGCGGUACAAGUCUGAAUGUUUUCCACAACAACAUUACCACCAUCAACAGCUACGCCUUCAACUUUGGACCCAACGUCUUCUCAACAUACGCCUUCAUGACCGGUGGUUCAAUCAUGAACAUCGGAUGUCAAGCACUGAAAGGCCUGAGAACAAUAACCUAUCCGACCCUGAGAUGUGACUGCGAUCUGGUGCCGCUCGUGCAAAGUCCAAUAUACUUGGGGAGAGUCAACUGCUUCAGCCAGUCACAGCUGCAUGACGUCAUUUCCGGAAGCAUCAACGACUGCACUAAACCAACAUUGAGGGAGCCUGGCUACUGUGUCUUUUAG